UAAUUUAGGCAAAUAAUGGUAAAAAGAAAAUUAUUUUGUGUUGUUGUAAAUUGUCCAAACACUAACAAGAAUAGUGACUGCAUAUUCUACAGAUUUCCAAAAGUAUGGUAUAAACAGGAACAACGAAACAAGUGGAUAACAGCCAUACGUAGAACAAAUCCCGAUGGAUCCCUAUGGCACCCAAAAACGGAUGACAGAAUUUGCAGCGCUCACUUUAUUGGUGGUAAAAAGGCUGAUGAACAAGCCAGUCCCAGUUACGUUCCAAGGAUAUUUCCCGCAAAUUACAAAUCUAAACGGAUUGACGUAAAUGCGGCAAUAUCCAGGUACCAACGUUAUAUGGAACGAAGAAAGAAAGAAAAAGCAGUUAAUGCUGAUAAUACAAAGGAAGAGUGUGAGGAGCGUAACUUGUGCAUGACUAAAGACCUUUAUACCAACUACGAGGCGAUGGAGGAACUAGUUCAAGAGGAAUCAGUGGUAAAGAAGGAGUCAUGUAAGGAGGAUUACUUGUGCGCUACCAUAGACCAAACCGGAUUUUACACCAACCACGAGAUGAAGGAGGAACUAGUGGCACAAGAGGAGUUACUAGUAAAGGAGGCCCGGGAGGGAGACAGCCUGUGCGUUACCGAAGACCUGAACAGUCUUUACACUAACCAUGAGAUGAAGGAGGGAGUAGUGCUGAAAGAGAAUUUAGUAGGAAAUAAGGAGCCCCGAGAGGACAACUUGUGCGCUACUGAAGACCUAGCCAGUCUUAAUACCGGCCACGGGGUCAAGGAGAGACUAGGGUUGCAUGAGGAGUUACUAGUAAAAGAGGAGCCCCAUAAGGAGGAUGAGCGCGUUACUGAAGACUUGGCCAGUCUUAAUACCGGCCACGAGGACAAGGAGGGACUAGGGUUGCAUGAGGAGUUACUAAUAAAGGAAGAGCCCCAUGAGGACGAUGAGCGUGUUACUGAAGACUUGGCCACUCUUAAUACCGGCCACGAGGUCAAGGAGGGACUAGUGUUGCAUGAGGAGUUACUAAUAAAAGAGGAGCCCCAUGAGGAGGAUGAGCGUGUUACUGAAGACUUCACCAGUCUUUAUGCCGAUCACAAGGUGAAGGAGGAACUGGUGCUGGGGCCGGAGUGCUUGCAGCGGCCUGGUGCAUCUCUUGCCUCGGUGGAUGGAGCUAAUCUGGACACCUGUGGGCAGCAGUUGACCACCACAUCCAAUGACGGAUCAAGGAGUAGACAAUGGUCACUGCCCCCUACUACUACUACUUCCAGUAGACCUAUAGAAAAUAAUCCAAAGAAAAAACACACCUGCAAAACAUGUGACCAAGAAUUCGACCAAUACGACAAACUAACGAUUCAUAUGCUAAGCCACAUAGGAUACAAACCAUACACCUGCGAUAUAUGUAACAAGGAUUUUGCGUUCUUAACUCAAUUGUACACGCACAAACAAUUACACAUAGGACAGAGACCAUAUGCCAGCGAAUGCGGAAAGGCAUUUACUACACUGACCAAUUUGAAGGAACAUAAAGUAAUCCACAAGAUUGAAAAGCCGUAUUCUUGUGAAAUAUGUAAAAAACUGUUUCUGCUACCUGACGAUUUAAAGUUACAUGCACGGAUGCACUCAGGUUAUAAUCCGUUUUCUUGCAAGAUAUUUGAAAUGGAUUUUACGAAUCAUUCCAGUUUGAAAGCACAUACAGUUGAUAGUGCAAAGAAAUCAUACACGUGCAGUACCUGUGACAAAACUUUUGUCAAUUUGCAUUAUUUUAAUAGGCACGAACGAACCCAUCAAAAGAAAACAUACUCGUGUGACAUAUGUCGCGAUGUAUAUACGACAUUGGAAAAUUUAAAGAUGCACAAGAAAUUUCAUACUAAAGUAGGACCGUAUUUCUGUGAAAUAUGCAAAAAGAAUUUUAAAAACGGGGGUAAUUUUAAACUCCAUAAACGAAUACAUGCAGGAGAAAAGCCGUAUGCCUGCAAUGUGUGAAAUAGUACAUUGUGC